AAUAUAAACAACCAUUACUCUGUAAGUCAACGUGAAAUGUCCUCCUUCUCCGCUCCUCCUUCCAACCACCGACUAUCUCCGUUCUCUUCCUCGUCUUCUCCGUCAGACUCCGCCGCACUGACCCCACCGACACGACGGAGGGGAAAGCCGAGGAGCGGAGCGGAGACUCGGUGUUUAUGUGAGACUGACCGAGGUCAAGGUGGGAGGGUCGCCGUAAACAGUCAAUGGGAUGCUGCAGCCUCACAGCCAGUUUCUCUCCCGGUAUUGUUCCUGAGAGGAGAACUGAACUGAAUGCACGCAGCACUGACGAGAGAGGGUGUUGGAGGCCAAGGAUUUAAUAGACCUGUCAACUGUCUCGAGAGGGGAGCAACAGAGGAAGAUAAACACGAGAUUGGACAGGAGGAGACGGAGAUAAGAAAAAAGGCUGGUGAUUGUAACUGAGGAGAGUCAUACAACACAGGAAUGAAGGAGUGAGAGAUCAGUUCAUGGGGAAAUGGAGUAAAACAGCAAACUACUGUAUAAUACAUAUUGGAGUGUGCCUGAUACCAAUGGACACCUUCAGUGGUCCUGUGGAGUCCAUGCGUCGAUGAUUCACAGCUGGUUUUGCGGCUUGAGCCUGACCAUGUUCACUGGAGCGAGAUCAUGACUUUACUCAACGAGUCAGACGAGGCCUCCUCUCCCACCUUCCCUCUCUCCUCCUUUGAGCAUAAUUUCUCUGUCUUUGUCACCAAUGAGCCCUCGUACCCCCCUGUGUCCUUGCCCACCUCCUCCUCCUCCUCCCUGCUGACGUCCUCCAACUGCACAAACUCUACUUUGACCUCCUCUCCUCCGUACAACUUCUACGCGGUGCUGUUAGUCCUCCUGAUCUUCUGUGUGGUUUUUGGUAAUGUGCUGGUGUGCGUGGCUGUGUCUCGGGAACGUGCUCUGCAGACAACCACCAACUACCUCAUUGUCUCCCUGGCUGUGUCCGACCUGCUGCUGGCCACACUGGUCAUGCCCUGGGUGGUCUACCUAGAGGUGGUGGGAGAGUGGCGCUUCAGUCUCAUCCACUGUGACAUCCUGCUCACCCUGGAUGUCAUGAUGUGCACCGCCAGCAUCCUCAACCUCUGCGCCAUCAGCAUCGACAGAUACACAGCGGUGGCCAUGCCGUUGCUCUACAACACCAGAUACAGCUCCAGGAGGAGGGUGGCAGUGAUGAUUGCUGUGGUGUGGUUCCUCUCCUUCGCCAUCUCUUGCCCUUUACUGUUUGGGCUGAACAAUACUGCGAGCCGUAAAGGCACCACAUGCAGCUUUGCAGACCCAGCCUUUGUGGUGUACUCAUCCGUGGCUUCCUUCUACGUUCCUUUCAUCGUAACUUUGCUGGUGUAUGCGCAGAUUUGCGUGGUGCUGCGCAAACGAGGCAGACGCACCGCCCCACCAUGCAGGCACGGUCUGUUUUCACAAGGUGAGGCCGAGCCAGGGGAAGGCCAGCGGCACCGGAAGAAUAAAUGUACACAACCAGAAGAUGUAAAGUUGUGCACAAUGAUCCUGAGACCUGCCACGGCAGCCCCACAACGCAAGAAAGUGACCCUGGUGAAGGAGGCGUUGGUUCACCCCCUUGAGGUGGAACCGGGUCAGUUCCUUCCACGGACCGAGCAGAGCCUGGCUCCUCCCCCUGCGCCCCAGACCUCAUCUUCUCACUCCAGACGGCCCCGGAUCUCCCUGUCCAUCUCAGUUGGACCUGCCCCUGUUCUUCCCUCAACUGUGACACGAUCGGCCCUGACACCUCGUCCUCCGACCCUCGAUGACGGCAUGAGGGGCCGGGAGGGAUGGAGGGAACGCAGCGGAGGCAGGGAGAAAUGGUGCAUCACCAAGGAGAGGGUGCGAGGGAGGCUGUCGCAGCAGAAGGAGCGAAAGGCGACGCAGAUGCUCGCGAUUGUGCUCGGUGUGUUCAUCAUCUGCUGGCUCCCUUUCUUCUUGACCCAUGUGCUGAAGGCCCACUGCAGGAGCUGCUGCAUCUCGCCCUCACUGUACAGCGCCGUUACCUGGCUGGGAUACCUCAACAGUGCCGUCAACCCUGUCAUCUACACCACUUUCAACAUUGAAUUUCGCAAAGCCUUCAUCAAGAUCUUGCACUGCUAGGUCAGACAUAUAAGAGGCAUCAGCUGUCAAGAAACAAAAAAGAAGCCUGACAUUGGUUUAAGAUUUGAGGGCAGAGAAUAGACGAGAAAGUAAAGAAUAAGAACUCUGGCAGGUAGGCGGAAUGAGACAAUACACUGAACAACUGAUAAGUCAAAGUGCAGCAUACUUUAAGGAAAAUUAACAAUGAGACAGUUGUAACUUGUAAGUGUGAUGGCAGAGAACAUGGCAUACAGAGGGAAAAAAGUGUGUGACAAGUCGCAGACAGCUACAAGAAACACAAGCAAGCUGGAGAUAUUUACAGGAAAGCAGACAUGCACUGUGAUGUGUAUAUAUAUUUUGAAAAGGGAAUAUGAGAGGACAGAGAAUCUCACCGCAGCACCCUGACUCAGAGACUCCACAUAUGUAAGACUCCCAGUGACUUGACAAUUUUUCCAGUUUGGAACACUUGAUUUGUGUCAGACUCACUGUCGUAUUUUCUUGUGAUCUUGACAAACCAUCUUGUUAUUUGUCCGCAUGUCUUUCUCAGAGGAUUGGAAUAAGUUAAGGCAGAAAAAGAAACUUUGAUGUGUAAGUCCAGAUUUAAACUUAGUUUUAAUCUCAUGCCCCACUGUUGAUCUUUUUUGCACUUCUUUGACACCUUUGCAAAAAUUAUAUCCAGUUUACAAUUAUAGAUUCAAAACUGUUUUAAUCCAAUUUAAUGUGUAAUUUUUUUUAACUUUAAAUAAGUGUGCAUUAAUAUACAAUUUUAUGUCAAAAAUAAUCAUUUACCAGUUCAGAACUUGGAUUGUACAACCAAAUUAUAAACAUAGUAGUAUUUUUGUUCAGCACUCAUUUUAUUUUGAAAAUCUCACUGUCUUAAUGAAUUGAAAACCCUUUAUUUGCUCCAAAUGAGGUUUUAUUUGACCUGAGUCUCAGCAUGAACAAUGUUUGUAGAAGAAUGAAGAAAAUAAGUUGGAUAGAAUUACCAAAAUUGUAAAGUACAUAUGACAACACAGUGAAUGAACAAGAGAACAGCUGAUUAUAAAAUGCAAGCAAUUUAAGUCCUUUUUUCAUAGUCCAGUUAAGUACAUUUUCCACACCUUGUCAGUGGCCCAGAGAGUGAGUGUGUAAAAUUCUGCAAGUAUUGCACACAUUUGAGCAGUUAAUAUUCAGAUAGGACUCCAUGUGCAUCCUGAGAAUUGUGAAUGAGCCUUGUUUUAUUUGAACUUUUUCUAGCUUUCAUAUCAAUAUGAUGUAAAAUCUCAGUGUGGGUAUUUAUCCUGUUUUUUUUUUUUUUUUUUGUUUUGUUUUUAAUCCUGAUAUAGCAAGAAGCUGUGCGUGUGUGUAGGUCUGUGCAUUUUAACUAUCCUCUCCCAAAAGAUUUAUGCAAGUUGUAUCAAAUAUUUACAAGAUUCCUUGGCAUCUGUGCUCUUGAAAGAUCUUUUUAAAAUAUUAUUGAUUACCCCAGAGCUCACACCUAAAAGCACAUCAAGCCUCUCAACACUGGUAGUGAGCAGGUUUCAGCAUAUUAGCGACCUUAGUUUUAUCUGCUAGUAUGUUUCAUUAUCACUUGUACACUUUCGAUUAGCUCUAACUCAUUUGUCAUUUUGGGAAAUACUGUAUAUUUGCUUUUUUGCAAAAAGAUAGAGAAAAUUAUCACUUAUUUCUCAAAGUUAUUACUAAAAGGUUGAAAGAAAUUGCUUAGAAUUUGCUUACCUCUAACCCCUGCCCAUUAACAUGUUUUAUUGUUUAAUUCAUGCAAAACUGAAGUGUAAAAAUGACAAGUUGUUGGAAUUAAUUCACAUGAAGUAUCCAUCUGAACUCUCUGCUGCUUACCUGGCAUGAACUUAUUGAAAUCUAGUGUUGUUAGUCUUGGAUUUUAUUUUUUUUUUCCUUUAAUGUAACUUCCAGUGAUGGAAAUUUUGCAGCCCCUUUAAAAGUUGACACCUUUCUAGCUCCUUUAUCAGGCGCAAGUUAUCAUCACUAUCAGACAUUCCUGAAAUGAACUCAUAAUAAUGACUGCAAUAACAACCUUCAAAUGUAACUCCAAUCUCCCAGAAUGUCAAACUACUGCUUUAAAACUCAUCAUAAUCAUUUAUUUAUACUGUUGUGCCAUUAAGUCAUCCUAAUAGAAUUUCUGUUUUCCAAAACGCAGUCACUGGUAAACUAAUUUCCAUGAAUAUAAGAAGCAGAAGUAAAUGCAGAGAAAAACUCCAUCAUAUAUCACUGCAUCCAUUUUAAGAUUCAAGUCCCCAUGCCCGAAAGUUUGAUAGUUAUGGAAAGAGAUUUAAAAGUUUAGUUCACAGUCUGUGUGACUUGCACUUUUCUGACAGUAACUCUGCUGUCCUGUCAGCAAACCCCACUGAUGUGUCUCUGCACAGGAUGAAACAAAUGAUUAUAUUAAGUUGCAAAUGCAGCUGUACCUCGAGGGCUGCAGUGGAGACGCUGAACAAGACAUCCUUCUCUGCUGACUAAUGGCAGAGGGAAGAAAAACUGGCAGAGCUAUGUGUAUCUGACAAACUCAGAUUGGUGUAUGUUGCCAGUCAGUUUAAUUGGCGUAAACAAAGACUCUGACACCAAUAUGGGGGCAAAUGAAGCCUGCAUGCUUUAUUUAUUCUCUCAUUCAGUCGAUGUUGCGAGCAGGUGGGGAGGAUGCAACACCAAACUCAAGUUACAAACAACAAGCAGGCAGUACUUUAGCACGUGAAUGUAUUUAACUGUAAUAUACAUUAUGUACUGAAGCAGCCUCAAAGUCUAUAAAAAACGCAUUGAAAGAGAAAACUAAAUUUAAAAAACAGCACCCCAGAGAUUUUUUUUAGAGAGUGAAAGCAAAGCUGCAAUAGAAUAGAAAACAUUUUAUACAACUAAAUUACAGAGAAACAAGGCAUUUUAAGAGGAAAUACGAAUGACAGACAUUUCCAGUUUGUGAAAUAUUUCUUUUUGUUAUGUUCAUAUUUUUAUGUGAAUGCCAGUCAUUCUAAUUUCAACCUGAAAUAUUUUGGCAACCACUGAAUGGAUUGACAGGCCCCGUUGAAUGUAUUCAUGUUCCCCAGAGGAUAGAUCCUGCUGACUUCUGUGAUCUUGUACCUUUUCAUCUAGCAUCAGUUUGAUGAUGACAAUGUUUUAGCGAAUUGUCCAAAAACUGAAAAUGUCAGAAACUGGUGGCAUAAAAUUGGGUGUAUGAAUUCAUGUUCCACACAUGGUAAAUUAUUAAAACCUAAGCGAUCCCCUGACUUUUUAUCCAAAUGCAAAAUUUUAAUUUCUCAUAAACUGAUAGUAUUCCCAUAGAGCAUAGCUUUUUUGUGUGUGUUUAGUACUGAUUACCAAAUGUUAGCAUGUUGACUUUACUGUUACACUAACUUCAGGUCUUACACUAGUCAGGCGUCAUUUGGGACAUGCAAACAUCUGGGGCAGAUUUUCACGCUGAUGAUCUUGGUGGUGAAGUUGUCUUUGGUUUUUGCUGGUACGAUGACACAGUGAAUCAUUGCUGUUUGUUGACUGUAUAGUAAAGUGUUAAUAACUAAUACAUUUAGCUAUCAUUUAUAGAUCUACAGUCAAUUUUACAGAUUUUUCCAUCCACAGGUGGGCAUCUGACAGGGUUGCUAUGUGUGAUUGUUGUUUUUGAGAAACAUGUUAGCAUGCUAACAUUGGCAUUUGCAGAGCUACGUAUUAGAAUGGCUGCUGACUCUUCAUUUUCAUUCACUAAUUUUGUUGAGCACAUUACAGUAUGUUUUCUGUCUUUAUGAUAUGAAAUUAUAGUUUCCAGGUUGGUCAAUAUGCUUUCAACCGACUAAAUUUUCAUUGGUCAGACAAUCACUGGUUUUACUUUAGAGAAAAAUUGUACAUCAACAGUCUUUCAGGAUUAAUCCAUUAGUUUGGGUUUUUUUUUUUACUUUUUUUGGAAUUAAUUUCAGUUUCUUUUGUAAAAUGUGUUUUGCACUGACAUGCUGUGGCAAUACUAACAUUCAAUACCUCUGCUGAUGUCGUCAUGUCUCCUCCUCCAUGCUUGAUCUCUGAAAUUAACUAAGCAGUGUAACCUAGAAGAUGCUGAGUAACGCUACGCCCGGUUUGUUGUCGCUGCCAGCACCUCGCACUGUCUGAUGCCAUCAUGCGAUAGGAUGAACAAAAUACCCCUGAGAAGAUUGAGAGUACACACCAACACCCACAGAUACACAAUAAUCACCUCUUCAGAUUCAUAAUAGGAGCUUGAUUGUUAGAUACAGUACAUAUCUUCCAACUAUGUGAAAUUCAACCUUGUGUCUGUGCUGCCCUUAUAGUCCUCUGUACUUGUGUGGUGUGGUGUGGUGUACAUUACCCUCUGUUGUUAAACUCUGACCCAAGCUCACAAUUAUCCCCAUGCAUAUUUCAUCGACUCCCAGUGACACCGAGGGCAUGUAUCCGUUACUGACCCAACUGCUGCCGCCUUGACUGUUCUGACAAGAGCAGGAAGAUUAGGUUGGAGAGGGAAGAAGUGUUUGAUGGGAACCUGUGCAGGCUUGAAGAGGUUGGAUUCACAGUAGGAAGAGCAGUUAUCUUUGAAUCAAGGAUGCGCCGGAGCAAGCAGGGCGCUUUUGGAGUCUUGUCACUGAUGUCGCACCGGUGAUGCAUUUCUUUUCUACGCUGAGCUACAAGCUGCUUUAAUACGUGGAGGAGCCACGCAGAUGAAAAAUCCCAUGCAUACGAAUGAAGAAGACACUUGCAAAUCUAUCCAGCUGACAUUCUGGUGAGAGUUCCAGAAAAUUUGUGUGAAGUAAUUGUCAGCAAAGGUGUGAUGAGACUUUGAGAUUUAAGCCUGUCAGUCAGAUAUAAUGCUUUCAAUAGUAGGUGUCUUUUCCUGCGUACGUAUUAGUAAUUUAAAAGCAAUUAAAAAGUUAAUUCUCUUACA